AUGCGCUGGUUUCCUAUCUUCUGGACAGUCAGCGCUGCAGCAGACGCUGUACUAGCAACUUCUCAAUUACGAUCGCGUAAGCAACACACCCAGACGGUAAUCUACUGGGGCCAGAAUGGAGGCAGCGCGGUUGAGAACAACGAUCUAGCCAGCUAUUGUACCCCAGAAUCAGGAAUUGAUAUUAUUCUACUUGCAUUUCUGUACAAGUACGGAAAUGGAAAAACUAUCGCCUCAGGGACAAUUGGGCAGUCAUGCUAUAUCUCUCCCUCUGGUAAACCUCAGAAUUGUGAGAAUCUAGCAGCUGCUAUUGAGAUAUGCAAGACAAACGGCGUAAAGGUGAUUUUGUCUUUGGGGGGUGCCUCCGGAGCGUACUCGCUUUCCUCGCGGGAAGAAGCUGAGACAAUUGGCCAAAACCUGUGGGAGGCAUACGGCAACACCAGCAGAAGAGCAGUUCCCCGUCCGUUUGGAAAUACGUUCCUUGAUGGGUGGGACUUUGAUAUUGAAGCUUCACCCGGCAAUAAAUACUACCAAUACCUGAUUGACAAGUUGCGCCGGAAUUUUGCGUCCGAUCCAAUCAAUACCUAUUACAUCACCGGUGCACCACAAUGUCCCAUUCCUGAACCUCACAUGCAAAUGAUGAUAACAAAUUCAGAGUUUGACUACCUCUGGGUUCAGUUUUACAACAACCCGCAAUGCUCCGUUAAUGGAGUCAUAAAUUACGACGGUUGGGUGAGCAAUAUAGCCAAUACUUCUUCAAAGAACGCUCGAUUCUUUAUCGGGAUACCUGCCUCGCCUUUGGCCGCCACUGGCACUUCCAGCGGUACACAAUACUACCUCAAUCCCAGCGACCUUGCUGAGCUCGUCAAAAAAUACAUUGACUAUCCCACGUUUGGGGGAGUGAUGAUAUGGUCUGCUGCCUUUUCUGAUGCCAACAGUCAGAACGGAGAAACAUACGCUCAGCAUGUCAAGCAAAUUUUGAAUAGCGCAUCACAUGUGCCUUGCUAA